AUGCACUCAACAGUCUACAUCCACGGGGCAGCCAUUGAGAUUAAUGAAACUUAUUUUGUCAUUUGCCCUUCUAGUGGAAAUGAUCAGUUACUGCCUAGUCAACAGGAAGGAGAAAGACUACUUAAGUUACUGCCUAAAUGUGAGCUUCGUAAAUUUGAUGACAGCGGCCAUUUCCUAUUCCUGGAAGGCAGCAUUGAUUUGGUAACGAUCAUCAAGGGCACUUCAUACUACCGUCGUGGCAAGUAUCAUGACUAUGCAUCAGAUUUUUUACCGCCAACACCUGAUGAAGCCAGAAAAAUAAUAGAAUCAUACAGUUUGCUUAAUCUUGUUACAAGUCCUGUAACGCUCUCGACAUUGGAGGAUGGGACGAUUGUAAAAGGCCUUGCUGGAAUUCCUUCAGAUGGGCCUGUAUUGUUUGUUGGGUACCACAUGCUGAUGGGAUUAGAAAAAAUUCACCUGUGCAGUCAAAUAUUUUUGGAAAGAAAUAUCCUUGUUAGAGCAAUAGCACAUCCCAUGUUUUUUAUGAGAUCUAAAAAUGGGAAAUUUCCAGAUAUAUCUUAUUUUGACAGAUACAGAAGUAUGGGUGCUGUCCCUGUAACACCAAUAAACCUCUUCAAGCUUUUCUCUUCCAAGUCUCAUGUCUUAUUAUAUCCUGGAGGGAUACGCGAAGCUUUUCAUAAGAAGGUAAAUCCCAAUAAGUAA